AUGGCUUAUGCUGAUGAUCUCAUACUAUUCGCCAGCUCUCUUGACGAGAUGAAGAAGCGGAUUGACCGGCUCCUUGUUGGUCUUGGCAAGCUCGGACUCGAACUCAACGCCCUGAAAUGCCGUGUGUUAUGCAUUCGCGGGAAGAUGAAGUUCUGCUACGUGGACACUGCCGUGUCCAUAACGGUGGACGGCGCCGCCCUCCCGGUUGUAACUGCCGAGUCUGAGUUCAAUUAUCUCGGAGUCCAGUUCAAUUGGAGGGGUGUCGCCCGGAUACCACUUGGUCUCGACCAUCUUUUGACCAUGCUCGAUCGCGCUGCGCUUAAUCCGCAGCAAAAGCUGAACUUCCUGAAGAAAUUCUUGCUUCCGCGUUUGCAUGAUCACCUAGUUUUCGGCCGCCAUCAUAGUGCUGAACUGGUUAAGGGGAACAAGAUGAUUCGUCGGCAGUUCGUAGGUGUCUCCGGCUGCCUGCCGACUGUCCCAAUUCCGCUAUCCACUCUCCGGCGAGAUUCGGCGGUUUAG